UCAAAUUUUCAACUCUUGAAGGCUGAAGCAUUAUACACAUUGUACUUUCUCUCUCUGACAAUAAGUCAUUGAGUUGAGUUUGAAGCCUCCGUCCAUGUUCUUCCUUCCGAAGGGGCAUCAAUUAACAUCUCUCGUGUCAGGUAGGUGUGAUGAUAAUACUUGGUGUGGUUUUGAAGUUCCUCUCUCAUGAUCCCUCCUCUCACUGGUCCUUCUUGCCCUCCUUUCCUUCCUCUAGGUAGCACUUGGAACGUAUCAUCAUGAACACAGUUGGAGAAAGAAUGACAAAGAGAGAGACUUCGGAGAAUGAUGAGGAGGAAAGUUUAUUGAAGAAUGAGAAUAGCGGAACAGAUAAUGAAUCUAAGAUUAACUACAGAGGGUGGAAGGUCAUGCCCUUCAUUAUAGGAAAUGAGAUUUUUGAGAAGCUAGGAGCCAUUGGCACUUUAUCCAAUCUCUUGGUCUAUCUCACUACUGUAUUCAACUUGGAAAACAUCACGGCUACAAAUAUUAUCAACAUCUUUAAUGGCAGCACCAACUUUGCUACAUUGCUAGGCGCUUUUCUCUCUGAUGCCUUUUUCGGUCGCUACAAGAUACUGGCAUUCUGCACAGUGGCUUCCUUUGUGGGUUUGUUUGCAAUACAACUGACAGCGGCAAUUGAGAAGCUGCAUCCACCUCACUGUGAAGAGUCUGCCAUAUGCCAGGGACCAACAGAGGGGCAGAUGACAUUUCUAAAGACCGGUUUAGGUUUAUUGAUGGUAGGAGCUGCAGGGAUCCGCCCAUGUAACUUAGCAUUUGGUGCUGAUCAGUUUAAUCCUAACACAGAUUCUGGAAAAAAGGGGAUCACUAGCUUCUUCAAUUGGUACUUUUUCACUUUCACUGUUGCUCAGAUGAUAUCCUUAACAAUUAUUGUCUAUAUACAGUCAAAUGUAAGUUGGGCAGUGGGUCUGGGAAUUCCUUCUGCUUUGAUGUUUGUAUCUUCUAUAAUCUUCUUCAUGGGCUCCAAACUGUAUGUGAAAGUUAAACCAAGUGGUAGCCCUAUAACUAGUAUAGUGCAAGUUAUAGUGGUUGCAACAAAGAAAAGGAGGCUGAAGCUUCCUGAAUAUCAAUAUCCUUCCCUCUUCAACUAUGUAGCUCCCAAGUCAGUGAAUUCUAAGCUUCCCUAUACAUAUCAAUUCAGGUUCCUUGACAAAGCAGCAAUCGUGACUCCCCAAGAUCAAAUAAAUCCCAAUGGAUCUGUUACUGAUCCCUGGAAUCUUUGCAGUAUGCAGCAAGUGGAAGAGGUUAAAUGCUUGUUGAGAGUGUUACCCAUAUGGGUUUCAGGCAUUUUGUACUUUGUUGUUAUCGUCCAACAACACACCAUUUUAGUGUUCCAAGCCCUUCUAUCUGACAGGCGUAUUGGGCAAAGCGAGUUCUUGAUCCCAGGAGCAUCCUACUACGUCUUUCUCAUGAUUAGUGUGGCAAUUUGGUUACCCAUGUACGACCGAAAAGUCAUGCCUUUACUCCAAAGGCUCACCGGAAAAGAGGGUGGCAUCACACUCCUUCAGAGGAUGGGUAUUGGCAUAUUUUUCUCUAUACUCAGCAUGCUAGUCUCUGCUAAGGUUGAAAAACACCGUAGAACUCUGGCUCUGAUUAAUCCUCUAGGAGUGGAAACCAGAAAAGGUGCAAUCUCAUCAAUGUCAGGCCUGUGGCUGAUUCCUCAGCUGUCAUUAGCUGGACUUGCCGAAGCAUUCAUGUCUGUUGCCCAAGUUGAGUUUUACUACAAACAAUUUCCUGAGAACAUGAGAAGCAUUGCAGGUUCUCUUUACUACUGUGGCCAUGCAGGGUCAAGUUAUUUGAGUAGUGUGCUUAUUUCAGUUAUCCACCAAAUCACUGCCAAAUCUGAAACUGGAAAUUGGUUACCGGAGGAUCUGAACAAGGGGAGAUUGGAUAACUUCUAUUCCCUCAUUGCUGCUCUAGAAAUUAUUAAUUUAGGCUACUUUGUGUUAUGUGCAAGGUGGUUUAGGUACAAAGGCACGGGCAGCAGUUCCAUUGAACUCGAAAAAGCUACAAAACAAUCGGAAAGAAGUGCUACUAAUUGUGUUAAUGAUUCAAAUCUAUAGCUAUUACAUAGAAAUGGGCUACUACAAUUUUUCAUCAAGUCGGAGCCACAACUAGCAAAGGUUAAAAAUCAAAUUAAGUAUAGCAACAAAAACACAGUCUGUGCCUUUUCCAUUAGAUAGAUAUUUCUUCAUGCGUAGAUGUAUGAUGACAGAUGAGAUGCAUUAUUCUUAGGAUAGGAUGCCUGCAUCCAAAAUGUUUGUCUUAAAGCACCUAAUGAUAGUGAAAGAAAAAUUAUAGAUUGACAUGACGAUUAAAUUUUCCACAAUCUGCUUCCUACAGAUGAAGAUAAAUGAGCUUAAGUGGGUCACAGUUUGGUGUUCUUUCAGCUCAUGUUACAUGCUAACAAGAAACAUGAAAAGAUUAUGUGAGAAAGAAAAAUAAGAACAUGAUUAUAGGACUUAUCGGUGUUUUUGUAAAAUUUAUUAAUUUUACUUUUGUUUCUAUAUUUUCGCACAUUAUUAAGUAAUACCAAUUGGACGGUUGUCCAGUCAGUCA